AUGACUUCUGCAAAUUUUGCUGCCGCCCAAGCUCGCGUACUAGAACGCCACCAACAACGCGAAACCGAAGCCCAGAAUAACCGACUUCGUCCGUCCUCUCGAUUACCUCCAGCUCUCCGCGACCUUCCUUAUCCGUUAGGCCGGCUUUCAGGCAGUAGUUUAGCGCUAUGGGAUACUGUUAAGGGGAGGGAGGGAACGCGACCGGCAUUCAGAGUUGGACAGGUUGACUCCGAGCUAUUGGACGAAGAACUUCUGGGAUUAUUGAAAGGCCAGGUUGGAGAAGGAUUGAAAUACCUCGGGCGACAUAUUCGGGAAGAUUGGUCGCAUGAAAUCGAGCUUUCCCUUCGUGCAAUACUAUUUAAGCUAUCGAUAUGGGAUCACGAUGCUUCGUAUGGCGCAGCAUUGCAAAAUUUGAAAUACACCGAUAGCCGGAGCAAAGGCCCAGUAUAUAAGGCGCCAACAAAAUGGCAAAAAGUAUUAUACGGCCUAUUGACGGUUGGAGGGCGAUAUGCAUGGGAUAAAUGGGAUUCUUGGAUAAUUGACCAAGAGGGAGGAUAUGAAGAGGCCUCGCCAAAUCUUAAAGCUCUUGCAAAGCUAACAAAUCACGCUUCGAACGUGCAUUCAAUGGCGUCCUUUGCAUCAUUCCUAGUCUUCCUUGUGAAUGGCCGAUACAGAACACUUGUAGACCGUCUCCUACGAAUGCGAUUAACUCCGCCAUCGACGCAGGUUAGCCGCGAAGUAUCGUUUGAGUACCUUAAUCGACAACUGGUUUGGCAUGCAUUCACUGAAUUUCUACUAUUUUUACUGCCCCUUGUUGGCAUUGGCCGCUGGCGGCGCUGGCUUUCAAGAGCAUGGAAAAAAACGGUGUCAUCUCUCCGCCCCAAAGACGAGGGCGAAGAAGACGCGAGGGAUAAAGGGCCACUAGGCUUCCUGCCAGAACGUACGUGUGCUAUCUGCUAUCAGAAUCAAAACCCUACAACAUCGUCGGAGUCAGAUAUAAUGGCUGUGAGUGGAGCGUCUGGGGGAAUAGUGGGCUCCGCCCAAACCGACAUCACAAAUCCAUAUGAGGCCGUGCCUUGUGGAUGCAUUUACUGCUUUGUUUGUAUUGCGCAGAGACUAGAGGCGGAAGAGGGUGAAGGUUGGAUGUGCCUUCGUUGCGGGGAGGUUUCGAAACAAUGCAAGGCAUGGAAUGGGGACGUGCUAGAAGAGGUUCAACCACAAUCAACUAGCGACAAGAACGUCGGGUUUGUAACCAAUGAAGAUGUGGAUUCCGACAGCCAUACCAACGAUUCUGUGACUGACGAUGGCAUGCACGAGUCUAAUCAAUGGGCAACUGUUGGAAAGGACGAAACGGACAACACGAGCGUUGAACUGGACUUUGACCACAAAGAAUAA